AUGCUUCCCCCGUCUCUCAAGAGCAUCUACCAGCAAUACAAAACCGACACGGACUCGGUGGCAACGUGGCUGGCCACGACCGCCAAGGCCCAUGGCUAUGAUUCUGCCAAGGGUAGUUCCAAGACCGGCAAGUCACCCGCUUCGGGUGGCAGGCGAGGGCGGAGCACGCGCAAGCAAGGCAAAGCUCCGAGUUUGCCGGCCUCCUCGGCCUCGGCGGCCGGGACACGUCAUGUUGUUGCCAUCAAAGACUUUGAGCCCAUGGCGGCUCAUUUGGCUGGCAUCGAUGCUGUCCACGUCCCGGACCAUGUUACCCUCGCUCUUGAACGCGUGAUCUGGGUACGCAAGGCUUUCUCGGAGAAGCUCAUCGCCAGUGGAGCUCGCCCCAACCGUGCCUCUGACAGUCGACAUUCCUUCUUUGUGGGGGUGCUCGAGAAUGUUCGUGCACGUCUCCAACCGUUCAUGAAUGCCAACAUCUUCAACGUCGGCAAAGUGCACAAGGUGUCCGCCAAAAAGUCUCCCCAUCCCUUCAGAAACAUGUUUGCUGUUCUGGACGUGUAUACUCCGUCUAAAGCGUUCAUGGACGCCCCAGACGUCGCCGUCCCGCCUGCAUCACGGACCGAGUACGCCGUCGAGGACGAGAACAGCUGGGAAGAUGCAGUCUUUGCAUUGGUCUCGCUCCUGGACGACUAUGAUCGUCUCACAAAGCAUGUCAAGUCACUCUGGUCCCGGUAUGCGGCCGGAGAUCUCGACCUGGCCGCUGUGGCAGUGGCUACCAACGCCGCCUUCGAUCUCGCUCGCAGCAUGGAAGACGAGAUCAAGCCUGUGCUGAGCAAUUUUGGCGGCCCCGACACCCUCCUCACUGCCUACUUCAUUGCCACCUCCGCGGCGUCCGGCAUCAAUGUGCUAGAUAAGGAGAGACCCGGUGACCCAUUCAACCUCGAAGCCUAUGAUCGCGCGCAGCUCUGCCUUGUCAAUUCGCUCACCAUUGUGACCAGCUGGGCUGCCAUUGCAUCGCCCAGUUCAGUCCUCGACAGCUACAAUGGGAAGUAUGGCUGGUACAACGAAGGCGUUGAGGAUCCAGCGAGCCCACCCCGGGCGAGGUGGCGGCAGGACAUGGCAGUGCUGCUCGAGCUGUUCGACUAUCUGCAUAUCCUCUCGUCGAGCUUUGGAGGAGGGUCCUUAAUUGAAGACGAGAUGACUCGCGGUAUAGGUGAACUAGUAUAUGGCUGUGAGGACGGUGGUGAUAUGCCCCUUUGGCUGGCCUGGGCGGCGCAGAUUCAUCUAGACAUCUUACGAUCUCUCGGCAAGAACUGCGGCCGCGGACUGGAUGACAUGCGGCAGGAGAGCCUGAGGAUCAAGAGGAUGAUGCUCCACGUGCCAGAAACCUCGCCGGAGCGCCGAGCUGUCCUCAAGGCCGCGACCAGUUGGGACAAGGACCCGAUUGUAAAAAUACGUGCGCAGCUGAAGGGCUUGGGCAUACCGCAAGAUGACAAACGCUAUACGGAAUUCCAGUUCCUGCGUCGCAACCCAAUUCACUGCGGUCUUCUCAUCCACAAUAUGCGUGCUACGCUGCACCGCUCGGGGGUGCAAUACGCAGCGCCAUCCGGAGGAUUGUUGUCCACGGUGCAGCUGUAUCACGCGCUCCGCGAAGAGAAGUUGUUCCCCGAGGAGCUCGUCUGGGAGGACCUCGAGACGCUUUGGAAAAUGCAGGGCAAUCCGACCUUUUUCGUGGGGAAGCCACCCGCUGAUCUCGAGGGGUACUUUAGAAACUAUUGUCUUAGCAUCGGGGUAUCCGUGAGCAACUGGGCGCCCAAUAGGCGCAAAGGCGCGCCCAGUGUUAACACGGAGAACAGGCGUAACAUGAAAUUUAUGGGGUGGUCGUCACUGUUCAUGGCUGAGCGACUGGCGCCAGCCAGGGCACGCCCAGCGCUCUCGUCCGAUCGAAUCGAGGAGAUCCUCAUGGAGGGUCGGCGGCAUCAAUUCAAGGACGGCAAGGCCCAUAUUCAGCCAGAGAUGAGGGAGCAAGCCAAAGAAUUGGAGCGCGAAACCAUCAAGCUUUCACCUGCUGACCUCAUCGAGAGGCUCGCCUUUGACAUCCAUGCUGAGAUCCCUGCCAUAACGUUUGACUACUUCACCAUGCACGACACAGCGUGGGCUCUCCUCGCAGAGUUGAAGGAAGAGUUUACCCAACUUGUGGGUGUUGAGUUCCUUCAGUAUGUGCCACAAGAGGACAAACUUCCAUUUGUGGUAGGUUUUGUCUUUUCGACUGCUGCAGGCCGCGAGGGCGUCGGCAUUGGUGGCAAGAGAGAAGGCCGUGGGGAGCUUUUAAUGACUGCGGCUGCAGUCGUUGGCGUGUUUUUAGCAAACGGACGAGGAAGCCUCAUCAAGGAUCAGGCGGGUGCGAUUGUCAAAGCCGAGGACGUCGCCGAUCUCAAAGUGGAUGGCGUUGACCAAUGGGACAUGCUUCAGCGAGGAAUCGAGAGGCAGAGCCAAGCUAUGGGAGGCUUAAGAGGAAUAGACUAUUGUAGAUAG